AUGGGGCAAGCUUGGGAGGGGUCGGGUGGGAUGGGUCCUGGAUUCGCCUCGAAGCAGCAUCAGUGGGCAAACCAGUGCCCUUCCACUCUGCAGCAGCAGCAGCAGCAGCAGCAGCAGCAACCUCGGCGGCGGCGGCGGCAGCAGCAGCAGCAUCAGCACGAGCAGCAGCAGCAGCAGCAGUUCCAGGAGCAGCCUCCAGUCCAGUCAGGCGUUAGCUAUGUGCCUACUAGAUCUGAGUGCUUGCUAGCUACUGGGCAACCGGCCCCUCCUCAGUUACCCACACCUUCCUCCUUCCUCCCUGACGUUUCGUCUGCUUCCCUCUGCGCGCCUUCUCUUCCUCCAGGCCAACUCCACGUUGGUCCGCAUCUUCCGCUCCUUGCCGGCCGCUUUCGCUUCCUCCAGUCGCUUUCCGAAGGCGGCUCGGCACGCGUGUUUGUGGCAGAGGACACGUGGCACCCGUCGCAGAGGACGGUGGUGGUGAAGGCGAUGCACCGCCAUUAUCGCGAGGUGGGGCUGCAGGAGCAGCAGCUGCUGCGCUUCCUCAACACCAUCGUGGAUCCCCACGAUUCCUGCCGCAUCGUGCGUCUCCUCGCGGGUUUCGAGUUUCACGGCCACACGUGCCUCGUGUUAGAGCGCCUGCAAGGCAGUCUGCUCGAGCACAUGUGCCGCCCUGCCGACUCUCCGGGCUCCGCUGCCGCCGCCGCCUCCGCCGCGAACGCCGCCGCUUCCGCUGCGAACGUCGCGGCAGUCGCAGUUGCCGCGGCAGGGAUGACGGCGGGUUCGGGUGAGUCGGCGGCAGGAGGGACGGGCGAUCUGGUUGGGGCGGCAGCGGCGGCCGUGUCGGCGGCGGCGACUGCAGCAGAGACGGCAGCGGAGACGGCAGCGGCUCGGCUGGAGGAGAUUCGCAGCCUGGCUCACGAUCUGAUCGUGUCUAUCGCUGCGCUCCACGCGUCAGGCAUCAUUCACGGGGAUCUCAAACCGGAAAACAUUCUCAUGCAGCCGCUCCCGUCCCCCCCCUCCCCCCCUCGCGCGUCUUCUACCUCUGAUCCGUACGGCCGUUACGACGCGUCUGUUUCUUCUCCGUUCUUCUCCAACACCUCUACCUCCUCUCGUGUCUCCCCCGGCGGUACCGUAUCCGCCGUCGCGGCUGACAACGGUUACUCGCAGUACCCUGCGUCGCUUGGGCUCCUGUCCGCCUCCUCUGUCGGCGAUCUUAACGCGUCGCCGUGGACGGGUGGUGCGACGGAUUCCCAGGCUAAAGCCGAUGGGUCGAUGGCGGCAGGACGGUCGUCAUCGUGGCGCAGCGCGCACGAGUCGGGGACGCCGUCGGGUUACCCGCUGCCCUACAGCGGCAGCAGCGGCGGCGCAAGCAGUCGUGCGAGCGCCGCGGCGGCGCCGCCGCAGGUGGCGGCGAAGAUCGCGGAUUUUGGGAACUCGUUCACGCCGGAGCAGAUCCGCACGCUGUGCCACGACUACAACGUGCAGACGCUCGCGUACCGCGCGCCCGAGGUGCUGCUGGGCGUGCCCUUCUCCGCCGCGAUCGACCUGUGGUCGCUCGGAUGCAUCCUCGCGGAGCUCGCGACCGGACAGCUGCUCUUCGCGUGCGAGUCCCCGCAGCACCUGCUGCAGCAGAUGGUUGCGCUGCUCGGCGUCGCCCCGCCCGCGUGCCUCUUCGGCUCGGGGAAGUUCUUCCCGAAGCUCACGGCCGCCGCGGGCGUGCCGCGCGUGUGCUGCUGCAGGACGGAGAGCGGUGGCGGGAUGGCGGUGUGCUUCCGCGGGUGCAGCGGAGGAGGGGGAGGUGGUUGGUAUGGCGGGGUUGCGGACGGAUGCGGCGGGUACUGCGCGCCGAUGGCGUUCAACAUCUUCGCUCCUGGGCACUCGCACCUGGGGGACGCGCUGGCGGCCGUGGACGCGCAGUUGGCGGAUCUGGUGGCGGGGCUGCUGCAGUACGACCCGCGCGUGCGACUCUCCGCGCAGCAGGCGCUCUCGCACCCUUUCCUGAAGCCCCUGCGCAGCUCUUCCUCCUUCGCCUCCUCCUCCUCGCUCGCCUCCAAGGACUUCUCGCACCCUCUCACUCCCUGCACCGUGCUCCCCACGCCUGCCCUCGCCUCCCCUCUCACUCUCUACUCCUAUCACCCCAACAUGCACACCAUGCCCGUGCCGUCUCUCCUCCUCCCUCCGUCCUUCACCUCUGGCUCCUCCUGGGCCGUUCCCUCUGCUGACGCGGCUACUGUCACGCCAGUUGAAGCGGCAGCGGCGGCGGCAGGAGCAGGGGGCGCGGGUGGGCACGCGGGAGCUGCUGGUGCGGCGGGUGUACUGCGCGCAAGGGAGGAGGGCUUUGGUUUGUCUGCGCUGGGGGGCGGUCAGCAGGGGUCGGGUUCUGGUCCGCAGGGGGCGCAUGGGCUCUGGUCGUUGCAGCAGGCAGCAACGAUAGCUCAGGCGGGAGCAGCAGCACCGUGCAAAGUUUCCAUGCAGCAGCAGCAGCAGCAGCAGCAGCAGCAGCAGGGAGGGCAUGGGCAGGAGCGUGUUUCAGCAUGGGGCGGUGGUGUGAAUGGUCCGGGAAUGGAAGCGAGGAACGGAGCAGCUGGCGAGUCACAGGAUCUGUACGCAGCAGCGUCAGCUGCAGCGAUGGCGGACGCAGCAGCAGCAGCAGCGGCGGUAGGGAUGAGUGCAGGGGCGAAUGGGGACAUGAGCGGAGCACACGGGUGGUGGAGCGAGGGGUUGGGUGGGGGUCCGUGGUAUGGGGCACAGCAGGGUUCCGGUGCGGGCGCUGAUGGUGGCGCCGCUGCAGCUGCCGCUGCCGCUGCAAUGUCUGCGGCCUCUGCAGGUGCCGCGGCAGCAGCUGCAGUGGCAGCGCAUGAGGUUCAGGCGUUGCAGCAAGCCAUGUCGAACAGUGCAGCGGCAGCUGCAAUGAUGAGCUGCUAUGGAUACGGGAUGGCAGGGAAUCAGGAAGGUGCGUACUUGCAUGGCGGAGCGGCAUUCACGCCUGAGGGUGUGUUUCUCCCGCACUCCCACCUUGUGCCUUUGACCCCGGACCACCUCUCCCUCGGCCCUCCAGCUCCCGCCGCGGCAGCGCAGACUCACGCGCACUGCAUGAGCUUUGCACCUGGUGCUGCUGGCACGGGUGCUUCCGGGCAUCCCAAGGGCCUGGUGUUUGAACCUCUGAGUCCCGUGGCUGGCCGCGCGGGGACGGGCGGGGUGAGCGAGCGGGAUGCACGUGGGCUGGUGGACGUGGCGAGUACUGAGCUGCUGCUGGCGCCGAUGACUCCCUGCCAGGCCAGGGAGGGGCACGCGGUGGGAUGGGAGAGUGACGCAGCGUCAGGGAGGAAAGGGGCAAGGGGUGCAGGCGCAGGGACAGGGGCGGGUGCAGGGGCAGGAGCUGGAGCUGGGGCAGGGACGGGGGUGGAAUCAGGAACAGAAGUUGGUUCGGGGAUGAGCUAUGUUGAGCAGAUGUAUGCGGUGUAUGAGGCGCAGCAGGGGAGUGCGCAUCAGUACGUGGCCAGUGGUUAUGAGGGGCUGCAGCAGCAGCAGCAGCAGCAGUAUCUUCAGUACCCUCAGCACGGGGAAUAUCAGCAGCAAGUGAAGUUUCAGCAGCAGCAGGAGCAGGAGCAGCAGCAUCAGCAGCAGCAGGAGAGGGCACAGCAGCACCGUUGGGUGAUGGGAUAUGCCAGUGGGUUGUGUGGCAUCAGCAGCAACGCCAGGGAUAGCUGGACACAUCAGGAAGCAUCUUUUGCGGGAGAAAUGGGAGUAGCAGGGGCAGCAGCUAGGGUGUGUGACGAGGAGAGCAAGUGGGCGGGCGGGAGGAUGGGGGGCGCAUGUGGCGUGGAGUACAGUGAGGCACCUUGGCUUGUUGCGCAUGGCAGCAUGGGCGGUUGCGCCCCGACGACUGUCAGUCUGCUCGACAUGGCUCGUGGGCUGUCGCAGCUCCUUCUGCUACUUCUCGCCACCGCCACAUGGCGUAUGUCUCUUCUCCAAGUCGCUGAAGCGAAGGGCUUGAGUCGGGCGUAUUACAAGGACUCGUGCCCGUACCUCGAGGCGAUUGUUCGUGAGAUCGUCAUUGACGAGUUUCGCAAAGACCAAACCGUUCCGGCGCCGCUUCUUCGCCUUCACUUCCACGACUGCUUUGUCCAGGGUUGCGAUGGAUCAGUGCUGCUGAACUCGACGCCGGGCAACAAGGCAGAGAAGGACGCCCCGCCCAACCUGUCGCUGAACGGCUUCAACAUUAUCGACCGCAUCAAGGCGGCCGUCGAGGCCAAGUGCCCCGGCGUCGUCAGCUGCGCCGACAUCGCCGCUCUUGCCGCGCGCGAUGGCGUCAGCCUGGCCGGCGGGCCGUACAUUAAGACCCAGCUGGGACGUCGCGAUUCGCGCACGUCGAAGGCCGCUCUGGCGGUGAAGUUUCUGCCCGGGCACCAGAUGGACGUGAACGCGCUGCUGAAGAACUUCGCCGCCAUCAAUCUCACGCUCGUCGACCUCGUCACGCUCUCCGGCGGCCACACCAUCGGCGAGUCGCACUGCGACACCGUCGCGCACCGCAUCGCGCCCAACCGCGACCCCACGAUCGCACGGUCCAUGCGGAAGUACCUGGAGGGCCACUGCAAGGCGCCCAGAGUCGACGGUACCAUCCCCGUCGUCCUCGACAUCAAGAGCGCUAAGCGGUUCGACAACCAGUAUUUCAAGAACCUGCAGCGCAAGUUCGGGCUUCUGACGAGCGACCAGGUGCUGAUGAUCGACGCGCGCACCAAGGACCUGGUGAACGAGUUCGCGGCGGACAAGAAGAGCUUCUUCCGCCACUUCCGCCACUCCAUGGUGCGCAUGGGCUCCUUCGGCGUGCUCACCGGCCGCAAUGGCGAGAUCCGCCGCACCUGCAGUGUCGUCAACUGA